AUGUUCCGGUCUCCCAAUAAUUCUCAGACAAUUGUGUUAUCCACUCGGCACAUCAGGAUCAGUUCAUCGCAGUUCCCAUACCCGCCGGCAAACUCGCCCAGUUUACCCGCUACGUUCAACAAGUGGACUAGACAUCGUGCUUUCACCAUCCGGAUAAACCUCAAGCCAGGCCUCCACAUGCUCUGCACUGUAGACAUUACGGAGAAACUGCAAAGAAUGUUUCAUAUCCCCACUGCUGAGCCGAAUGAUAAAUGGGGAAGCGGCGGGUGCAGUAAACCAAGAUUUAAUAUAAAUGGAUCCCUUGGUUCGGCAGUAUGUCCCGCUUAG